AUGGUUCCGAAAUCUCAACGUAAGGAGGCUCAAGUAUCAAAAGGUCAAAGCAAGGACCUUAAAGUUUCAAAGGCUCAAAUGAAUGAAGCCAAAUUUGUUCAAAGCAAUCCCGCGAAGAAGAUGAGAUUUACCUCAACCUCCGAGAAAGAAUCGAGCUCAGCAACAUUUGAUGAGGAGCCAAAAUCUAGUCGCGGUAUCAACACAAUGAGCCGUGUUGUGAAGAGGAAAAUCCAGAAGAUUAAGCCCGUGGUUGUGUACAAUAAAAGGGGCAGACCACAUGGCAAGGCUGCUGUUGAUAUGCAAUCUUAUAUUGGUGUUUUGACAUGCACCAGAGUCCUUAUUGGGGACAAGAAAUGGACUCAAUUGCCCAAGGAAAUGAAUGAGCAGAUUUGGGAAGCUGUUGAAAUGGCUUAUGUGGUCGGGCAAUGGGGCAAGAAGAUGGUGCUAUUGUUUGUCGCCAAAAACCUUAACGAGAAACCGCAAUGGGAUGCCUUUGUAGCUUCAAGGUUAUCCCCAGAAUUUGAGGCUGUGCAUUCUGAGCAAUCACAGAGAAGGGAAAAAUGCGAGUACAACCACAUGUUGUCUCGAAAAGGGUAUGUUAGUUUGGAGGACGAAUUAGAAGAAACCAUGUCCAAUGAAGAAAUCGAUCGUUAUUUGCUAUGGAAGAAAGCAAGAGAAGAUAAACAGGGAAACAUCCCUUAUCCAAAGGUUGCAGAGAAGGCAAAAUUAAUCGAAAGUGUCAUGGAGGUAGUCAGAGAAGAAACCAUGAGGAUUGAGGCUAGGGUAAAGGAAUCGGUUUUGGAGGCUGUCAGAGCAAAGAGGGAAAUUAUGUUGAAACAAUUCAGUCAACUAAUUCCCAAUUUUGAUCCCAACAUGCUCAAAACUCCAAUUACCCAAAUUCCUUUACUGCCUCAAGAGCAAAGCCCAAAAAAUCCAAUGUUUGACAAAGCAAGCUGCUCGGGGGCCACUAAUGUGAUACCCCAUGUUUUGGAGGAAGAAAAUGCCAAGCAUGAUGCUGAUGCUGGUGAAAAACAACAAGUUGAAAAUGGAUUUUUCAAAGCUAGACUUUCCACCUUCUCUGUUUCAAGAAAUGAAGAAAGAAAUAUAAGAUUGAAGAAGGUAAAAAACAAAUUGCCAAUAUGUCCAGACCUAGCAUUUGAGAAAACAGUGAGACCUGGACAAACACUUACCCUAGCAUUUGAGACCAAAUUGCAAAGUGUAAAAAACAAAUUGCCAAUUUCUUCAUUUCUUGAUCCAGACCUAGCAUUUGAGAAGAAGUUUGACAAGAAAAAAGAACCAGUCAAGUAUGUACAAGUAGACAUUAAUGAAGUGAGGCUGGAAUGGGCAGAAUUUGUUACAAAGCAAGUAGAGAAUAAUCAGUGA